AUGUAAAUUAGAUAUCACUUAUAAAGCACAGAGAAUUUUUUAAAUGAAUAAGAAUCGACAGAGUAGUAAACUUUAGAAGAGGAAGUUGACCAGUGGAACAACAUCAAAUGCAAAUUAGAAAAAACAAAAAUUCAAAUCAACUUUACUAAUGAUCAUAAUAUCAUAUAUAAAAAAGAUGGAACAAUUAUCAGAUAGUAAUAUUAUUUAAAAUAAAACAAAGAGAAUAAGUUCAUAAUGCUCUCGGAAAACAAGAAAUACUGCAUAAUAUGGAUUAAAUCAAAAAUCUUUUUUGGAGCAAAAAAUAUGAUGGCAAAUGGAUUGUUUUUUAGCAUAAUGAAAUCUUAGAGAAUAUUGGUGGAUACUGUAAAGUAGGGUAAAAGCAAGGAUUAUGGAAAGACUUAUUCCGAAAUUAUUGGAAGUAAUUUAUUACUUUAUAAAUAGUUGGGCACAAAUUUUAGAAUCUGGAGAAUAUUAAAAUUGCUUUAGAAUUGGUAAUUGGAAUUAUAUUUGUUAGGAUAAGAAGACGUAAUUUUUUAUUUAUUUUUUAGAGGUGGAGGGUUCUACAAUUAGGAUGGUAAAAAGUAAGGUAAGUGGAUUGAGCUGGAUGAAGGGUUUUAUAAGUGGAAAUAAGUUAUUUAUAAAGGUGAAUACAAUAAGAAAGGUUUGAGGAUAGGUAUAUGGGAUAUUAUGUAUUGCAAAUAAGGAGAAUUGAUUUAUAAAUAAUUGUAAAUAUGAGGAAUUAUGUUUUAGUGGAGGAGGGUCAUAUGAUUUAAAAGGAAGUUAGAUAAAGAUUGGAAAAUGGGUUGAAUUAGAUGAAGGAUUUUAUAAUUUGAAAUAAGCCACAUAUCAUGGUGAAUAUGAUAUGAAAGGCAUGAAGGUAGGUAAAUGGGAUAUUAUGCAUUGUUUAAGGGAGGAAAUAGAAUAUAAAUAAAUGUAAAUAAUAUAUAAGUAUAAGAAAUAUAAUAUGUGCUCAGUGGGGGUGGAUCAUAUGAUUAAGAAGGAAGUGAGAAAAAAAUUGGAAAGUGGAUAGAGUUGGAUGAAGAGUUUAAUGAUUGUCUAUAAAUUAUCUAUAAUGGAGAUUAUAAUAAGAAAGGUAUCAAAGUAGGAAAAUGGGCAAUUAUUGAUUUUGAGUCAAAACAAAAAUUGCGAGAAGUAAAUUACGAUAAUUGA